CCAUUGUGGCUGACACUAAGGCAAAUAUCUACACUUUGCUGGUCCCACUACGUCGGAAAGUUCGCGGCUCGCAGAAUAUAGUGCAGAUUUCGUCCGGCAACAAGUACGCCAUGUUGUGGACGUCGAGGUUUGACACCGCGAUGGGAAAGUCCGGACAGGUCUGGGCUUCGGGAUAUUACCCACGCGCUUACGUACUAUAUCGGGAUCUCUGAUAUGGUUGAAUAUGAUAAGCCGCGAGCUUCGGCCUUAGGGAUUGACUCGAACUGAAACUACCUAGGUGGCGCUUGUGCGAGCAGGCAAACUUAAGACAACAAGAACAGUCGAUCCUUUGAGCAGGGAGGAAUAUGGUGCGCAACCCUAAAUGUUGAAAAUGCCAUAAGAUAACGGCUUCCGCCCACGCUUCACGCACGCGAGGAUGCCCGUUUUAUAUCAUCCCGUGUAGCUGGUUACCAGACCUUUCAAGGACGUGCGCAUUAAGACGUUACAGUUCGUAGUCACUAUAUGAAAUAACAACUAGCAAGCGAUGGCAGAAACCGAGAAGCCGGAUAUCAUUCCGGGCACUGACAUCAUCUUCACCGAUGGGAACAAUGGCGAGAAUACGACACCCGGUGAGGUCGUGCUCAUCCCGCAACCGACUUCCAGCCCAGACGAUCCUCUUAACUGGAACAUGACAUGGAAGACUGUUAUCAUCUUCAACCAGUUUGUCUUUGUGUUCGUGAGCAUCAUGACGCCGAUGGCCAUCUCGCCCCUUUCGCUCAUCUUCGAAGAGGAGUUUCACAAGACGCUACCCGAAGUCAACAUGCUAUUCGGCGCCGCGGCCAUCACCUUAGGCUACGCCAACUUCCUCAUCGUGCCCGCUGCAAACCUGUGGGGGCGACGUCCCGUCGUCUUGGUUUGCGGCCUAAUUUGCAUCCUAGCCAACAUCUGGCAGGGUCUCGUUACGAGUUAUCCGAGCUUCCUAGGCGCGCGUGUUAUUUCUGGACUCGGUGCCGCUGCGAAUGAGAGUAUCAUGCCUAUGGUUGUUGCUGAUCUACUGUUUCAGCAUCAGAGAGGCAGUAGUAUGGCUCUGUAUUUUUGGGCAUAUUUCCUCGGACUCUUCAUCGGGCCUAUCAUCUCCGGCGCCAUCGCCUCCCAGAUCUCAUGGAGGUGGUUCUUUUGGGUUUGCACCAUCCUGCAAGGUGCAAGCUUCAUCUUCCUCCUCGUCGCCCACCCGGAGACAAAGUACGACCGGCCAGCUCCCGCGCGACCCUCAACCAGCCGCGACUCGACCGUAAUCAACGUCCGCGUCUCCAACACCGGCGCCGUCGCCGAAAAGUCGGAAAACGGCGGGUCCUCCAGCUCCAGCACCGAGAUCGCGAACACGCUAACCACCGCGCACCACCGCGCCACCGGGCGUCCCUCCCGCGCGCAGUUCUCCCUACUACCAAUGCGCAAAAGCUUGCGCUUCCGGCAUUCGUACAACAACAACAGCAGCUCCAGCUCCAGCUCCAGCGGCCCCUCGACCCCGCACCGCAACGACCAAAGCGUAGCUUCGACCCUGCUCCGCGACGUGGCGUCCCCGAUGCAGAUCCUGUUCACCUUCCCGAUCGUGGCGUGGGCGUCGCUGUCGAUGGGGUUCGCGGCGAACUCGCUGCUGGCGCUGAACCUGACGUCGGCGCAGGUGUUCGGCGCGCCGCCGUACCUGUUCACGCCGGCCCAGAUCGGCUUCGUCAACUUCGCGUUCGUGGCCGGCGCCGCCGUGGCCCUGGUCACGGCCGGCCCGCUGUCGGACCGCAUCGCGCUGCGCCGCGCGCGGAAGAACGCCGGCGUGCUCGAGGCCGAGAUGAGGCUCCCCGCCCUAAUGCCGUAUAUUUGUGCUAAUGUGGCCGGUAUGGCGGUCGUGGCUGUGGGAUACCAGCGCGCGUGGCCCUGGGAGGCGGUUGUUAUUGUUGGGUAUACGUUGGUUGGCUUGCAGGUUGUGGGCAUUCCGGCGGUUGCUAUUGCGUAUGCUGUGGAUAGCUACAAGACUUUGCCCGGGGAAGUCAUGAUUGCGGCCACCAUUGUGAAAAACACAUUCGGGUUUGGCAUGAUAUUUUUCUUCAACGACUGGGCAGCACGAUCAGGAUAUAUCAAGCCCGUUCUAAUGAUGAUGGCCCUCACGAUUGGCUUCUCCAUCCUUGGGCUGUGUGCCUUUACUCUCUGGGGGAAGCAGUUCCGUCGUUGGACCAAGGACUCCAAAUUGCACUCGCUAUAAUCGAUGGAUCUCAAGCCGAGGCGUGGCUCGGUACGAAAUUCGUCCGGUUCAUGUCCUCCUACUUAUCUAUUAGAUGGUAUAAUAGACGAAGGUCAGAAUCGGAGUCGGAGUUACUCAGAAGCAGCUCAUAGAGCACACCA